ACUUACUCUCAGUGCUAGGCAUUCAAUAUUCAUUUCAUUGUCUAAGAUGUCAUUCGACCAAAAGGAAGUCUUCAAUCUGAUGUACAAACUGGCACGUCUAACGGUGGGGGACACCCGACUCGAAUACGAUGACAUUGGUGCAGUGAAUAUCCCAUUGGAUCGCAUUUUUGGACCAACCACAAUGCGUUCUGUUAUGAAUAUACCCAUUGGUGGCAUGGAGGAGCGCAUUCCGCGACCUAUCAUAAUUGCGAUGGGCAUAUUGAAGAAAGCUGGCGCCGAAGUCAACAAGGAAUUCGGUUUGGACUCUUGCAUCUCUGGCGCGAUUUCAAGUGCUGCUGAUGAUGUCAUCUCAGGCAAGUUGUACGAUGAGAAUCACUUUCCUUUGACCAUCUGGCAGACGGGAGCCGGCAACCAGACCAAUGUGAAUGUCAAUGAGGUGAUUGGCAAUCGUGCCAUUGAAAUUAUGGGCGGUCAGCUGGGCAGCAAUUAUCCGGUGGAUCCCAAUCUCCAUGUCAAUAUGUCGCAGAACCCCAAUGAUUGCUUCGCCUCAGCUACAAAUAUAACUGUUGCAAUGCAGUUAAAGGAGAAGCUAUUUCCAUCACUCAGACUGAUAAUUGACGCCCUGGAGAAGAAGGAGAUUCUGUGGAAGAAUGUCAUAAAGGUCGGUCGCGCCCACCUGAUGGAUGAAGUGCCGUUGACACUGGGUCAGGAGUUCAGUGGCUACAAACAAAUGAUGAUCAACUGCCAGACCAGACUCUAUUCCUCGAUGGAGCGUUUGUAUCAGCUGUCUCUGGGUGCCGCCACACUGUGUGAAACACCAAAUUGUCAACCGGACUUUGGGUAUCAGUGCGUCAAAGAAAUUGAGGUAAUCACAGGUCUGCCAUUUGUUUCUGCACCAAACAUGCAUGAAGCGCUGGGUGCACGGGACUCCUUGAUCGAGGUGCACGGUGAGCUCAACUGCAUUGCCGUGAGUACCAUGAAGAUUGCCAAUGAUAUUCGCUUCUUGGGCUCCGGGCCACGUUGUGGCCUGGGCGAGCUCAUCUUACCGUCAAAUGAGCCGGGCAGCUCAAUAAUGCCGGGCAAAGUGAAUCCCACCCAAUGUGAGGCCCUAACAAUGAUUUGUGCCCAGGUCAUGGGUAACCAGGUGGCCGUCACCGUCGGUGGUUUCAAUGGCCACUUUGAGCUCAAUUCUUUUAUGCCGCUCAUCGCCUCGAAUGUGCUGCGCUCCAUAGAACUGUUAAGCGAUGGCUUGCAGGCAUUUGUGGCCAAUUGCCUGGAAGGUGCUAAGCCAAAUUCGAACAAAAUUGAUAAGUUUUUGAAAAAUUCCCUUAUGCUGGCAACUGCACUCAAUCCUUAUAUUGGCUAUAAUAAGACGGUACAACUUGCCACGGCGGCUCUUCAAAAUGGAACCACUCUGAAGCAGGAGGCCUUAAAAAUUGGCAUUUCAGAGUUUGAGUUUGAAUCGUGGGUGCGACCGUCCGAAAUGCUGGGACCCAAUGAAACAAAAAGCGAAUAAAGUUCGACUUAUGUAUAAAA